AUUUUUUUAACUAUUUAAGAUUGUGUUUAGUUUUUAAAUUACGAUACUUCCUUCAAAAGGUCUAAGUAAAAGAUUAAAAGGCCUUUUGCCAGUGUACCCAGCAUGGGACGGCCUAAGGCGGGUGUUGGGUGUUUCCUGCCUUUCUAAAAUAUUUGUCAGCUUUGGCUUCAGUUUGUCCGUAUUGACUUCAGCCAUAUAAUGAUUAUUUAAAAGUGUUAAAAACACAACAAUCCACAUCUAGGGGUGAGGGUCAUUAUGUUUUUACCUCUGUUUCCUAAUGUUUUACUCACAGUGCUCUUUAAUUCUUAUACCAUAAGGCAAAGGAGAAUUUUCAGUUGUGCCUGCCUACCUGCAACAUGUUUUACAAAAAAGGUAUCUUUGGGAGUGAUUGGCAGUAAACUAAAUCUUGUUUUGGUUUUUGCUUCCUUCUAAACCAUUGCUUUCUCUAUAAUUUAAGCUACUUGAAAGGUGGUUAUCAGGGUUUUUGUUUUUUAACUACCUGUUAAAUACUUAAUGAAAGAUUCCAUAGCAAACCAGAGCCAAGAUUAAAACAUUAGGUAUAAUUAUUACCUGAUUAUUAUAGCCACAAGGCUUUUCAUUUCUCAGAGGGCAAUUCAUUUCACUAGUUACUGCCUGUUUCUGACUGUUUUAAUACUACUGUUUUUGAAAAUAGAAAACUGGAUGGUUACUGAAGGAAAAGAGUGAUACGUAUGUUUUAGAUAGGACAAGGGAAGUUACAGGCACUGGUAAUCCUAACGGGGUAUUACAUUAUUACAUAUUAGGUAGGCAAUCAAUUAAAUAGGAAGACCUUCAUUAGAUACAGGAGUUUAGUAAAAAGGAAUGCCAAACAAGGGUAUUUGGUGGGAGAAAAUUCAUGUGUCUGGCAGUUGAGGCACAGGAAUCUCCAGAGUAUUAAAACAUGGGCUUUGGAGUUAUUGCAACAGUGUUCAGAUCACUGCUGUGUAUAACCUUGAAGAGGUCAAUAUUAUCCAAGCCUCAGUUAUCUUACCUGUAAAAUGGGCAUAAUUUACCCAACUGGUUUCUAGCUUUGAUAAUAAUGAAGGUAAGGCACUUAGCAUAGUCUUCGGCAUUUGCAGUAAGUGUUCAAUGAUGUUACUAAGCUGUUAAACCAAUUACGACCGUAUAAAAUGAGGAAAUUGGGCAAAAUUGGUCUUGAUGUUUUUCCAGUUUCAUCAGUUUGAAGUUUAUCUAAGUUGCUGACAACAAGGUGGAAGGGGUAAACAGAUUUUGGAGUACUUUUGUGUGUCCUAUUAAUUGCUGAUUUUAUAAUCUUCACAAAAGUCACAAAGUAGGGAUUGUUUUGAUUUUACUGGAAGUUGAACUAUAGAGCAGUUUUAUAUAACUAGUCAUAUUGAGCACAUACUAAGCUGGGUUCAAGUUUCAGUUCUACUUCUAUAACAUAAUCUUACUCAAACCCAGAACUAUAAUUUUGAAACCUUCAAAUCUUAACCAUAUUACCUCUUUCCUACUAGCAAGAUCAUGGUGAUUGAUCAUUCUUUCCUCAGUACUAUGUGUAGCAUGUUUGCUCUCAGACAAUUCUAACAAAAACCAUCACUAUUGCAGUUAAAAUGAUCCUAGGAUGUGAAGUAUUUUACCUAGAAUUUUUAUUAAAGAUAUGAUACACAGCAGAGGCACUGUAGAGCUCUACUUAGUAUAUAGUUCUGGAUUCUCAGAAAUGCCUUCCCCCUUUUUAAAACUGGUUAUGAUAACCUAAAAAUAAAUCUGAAACUUUGAUAACUGUAUAAAACAGUGCUUUCUUAAGAGGACAUUUUGUUUUUCCUACAUGCUUAAAUCUGUUUCAUUGGUAAAGUCCUUGAAAUCAUUGACCCAUGCCGUUUCUAUUUUUGAGAUACUCAAACUAUUUUCUCGCCUAGAUGUUCCCUUCUAUUUCACAUUUUGUAUGGGUUUCUGGACUUCUCUGUACCUUUCAUCAUAUUCUUUUAGUCUCUAGGGUACCAGUCCCUAGUCUACUGAGCCAGUUUUACAGGCUCAGCCAAAAUAAGAAAAUGAAAUGAGGCACAGCGAUGGACUUGAUUAAUCUCUUAACAUUUGUGAAAACUCUAGUUUUUACUUGCCUCUUGGCCUUAUAAUUUCACUUCUUAAUUUCAAACCCAGUACCUGGUGGUGGUGGUGGUUUUCUUUUUUUUUAAGGCUUUGUUACAUGAACUUAGAAUCUCAGUAUUUUAAGAGAAAUUAAAUGGCGUCCUCUAGUGUGCUACUCAAAAAGUUGCCCACAGAAUCACUUGAGAGUUCAUUGGAAGUGUGAAUUUUAGUCCUUGCCCCAGAAUCUGAAUCAGAAUCUAUUUUAACAAGAUCCCCAGAUGUUUUGUACACAUUAAUUUUUGAAAAGCAUUACCGUGGUCCAUCCUCUGGUUUUAUUUGUAAAGAGGAAAACUAGUCAUUUAUUCAACAAAUGUUUUAAUCCCUCCUGGUUUCAAAGGGCUCAGGAUUAAGACAAAAACCUGUGAUUUUGGAUAUGUUUAAAAUUAGAGGAGAAACAAUUUGUCAAAGACCUCCAACCAAGAUAAGCACAGGGUCUUUUGGGGUCAAGGGAUUAGGCUUAGGAGGACUUCGCAGAGGAGCUGACCCCUGGGGUUUGGCAGGCCAUCAAAGAAGGGAAUAGUAUCUUAAGCAGAAGGGCUGGCAUAUUCGGGGACAAUAGAGUAUGAAGAUGGCAUGUUUGGCGUUUGCAAGUAUACAUCAGGGCAUGAGGUUCUAGUGAAGGAAAGGAAAUGAGAUUGGAUUGUAAACUUUGCUUUUGUCUUAAAGACAAUGAUAGUCCAUAUUUAAUGAAUGCAUUGUGCCUGACAUGGUUCUAAACAUUUCACUCAAGUUAAUCUUGAUAAUCACCCCAUGUGGGGUACCAAUUUACUAUCAACUUUAUAGACAAGCACAAUAAAUCACAGCAAAUGCAGCCAGUGUUUAAAUUCUAGUCAUGGGAGGAGAGGGAUUCACGAAUGAGGGAGUGGAGUGGAGUAAUAAUGCAGUAAUGACAAAUGGAGGUCAAAUUUGAUAAAAGCUGAAAAAUCCCCAUUGGUUUUGGCAAUUGGAUCACUGGCUAGUUUAGCAAGUGCAAUUUUAAUUGAAGGGUGUGUGCACAUGUCAGAUUAAGAUGGUUUUAGGAAAGUAUAGGAGAUGAAAGAAUUGAGUCCCCAUUACUCUUGAAAUUUUGUGAAAAGAAGCAGAAACUUUAUGGCGUAGUGGACAGUGGGGUGCUGGAUCUAGCCCUGGAUUUCAACUCUGUGCCAUUUCUGUAUGAUGCUGAGUCAACUGUACUAAACUGUCCAAGGAAGCUUCUGUUUGCUCAUCCACAGAAUGGGAUUAAUGCCUACUUCACAGGAUCAUUGUGAGGAUUAAAUUAGGUUAAUGUAUGUGAAGUAUCUGGAACACAGCAGGUACUCUAUAAAAUGAAAUUAUUAAGGUUGAGGGGAGGGUUCGUUUUUAAAGAUGAGAAUGUUUAUAGGUUGAUAAGCUAUAGCCAAGAAAGAUUGAAAGUGAAAAAGGUCUAUACAGAUAGGAAAGAGGGUGGUCCGCGGUUUAAUGCUCACUCCACUUCUCAAAUCAGAGGCAAGAGAAGUGACACUCCCAGAAUUUCCAUCUGGAGUUUAGAAACUAAUCUAAGGCUGAUUUUUUGCCUUAAAGCUCAGUAUGCCUCCCAAGCACGGGGUCUCCCUGCCUGGGGGUGUGGGAUGGGGGGCGAUGGGGAAAGGGCUUAAUUUAGAUUCCGGUACACUCAAGCCUUUACCAGCCGCCUUUAUGAGCCCCCCUUGGCGCAGGUACUUAGCGAGGGCUCUCUGGCGACUCUAGAGCCCUCUAGAUUUUCUUACCACACGUGUGCGUGACCGUCUCGAACGAUUUCCUCUGCGCGAGGCUUAGCGCGGGGCCUCAAAGCGUGCGCCCGCCUCCCUUCCCCCACCAGCGGAGUCAGACCUUGGCGGGUCCCCCGCGCACGCUCGGGAGAGGGCCCGAGGUGCCUCCUGGCAACCGGACGCCGGCCUCGGCCUCGGGAGCGAGGAGGCCGCAAUGGAGCCGCCAACCACCGCCAUCCCCGCCGCCUCGAAACUAACCCGGAAGACGUCAUCUUUGGAAAGAGAAGGAUGGUGGAGAAUGGCUUUAACAAGUACUCCUAUCCCUGGCACUUACCACUUGAAAACUUUUAUUGAAGAAUCCCUGUUAAAUCCGGUGAUAGCAACCUACAAUUUUAAAAACGAAGGGAGGCGAAAACCACCUCUUGUGCAAAGAAACAAUCCGGUAGUAAAUGACCUUCCCCAGUACAUGCCUCCUGACUUCUUGGACUUGUUAAAGAAGCAGAUGGCCACUUACUCGUUUAAGGACAAACCACGGCCCAGCCCCAGCACACUGGUUUACAAAGAUAAGUCACUUGAGCUUUCACCAGGGCAAUACGAGCUACUUCCUGCUCCAGUUCCCAAGUAUGCUUCCAGGAGCUUUGUAUUUCGUUCUUCAGUUCAGAGAUUUCCAACAGGCUGCUUCACUCCUAGUACCUCGAUUCUUGCCCGCCUGUUCAAAAACCCCGGGCCCAGGAGCGUACACAGCUUCAGCACAAUUCCCCAAGCAGCCCGGGACCAUAGCCAAAAUGGGCCGAGAACAUAGCCUUUUCUUCAACAACACAAUUGGCUUUUAAAAUAAAGCCAUCUUGGUCCUAUG